AUGCUACAAAUCCGCAGAUACUCGACAUUCAACUCGGCCAAGUCUAUGGCCGCGUCUGUGGCCAAACUCUUCGACAGACGACCGGAACUGAGCCCGGAAGAGACAUCUCAGAUCCUGGUGGAAUCCAUGGAAGGCACAUUCGAUAACUACAUGAAGGGCAGAGAGAAGCACCUUAAACUGGACUCGUCAUUCGGAGAGGCACCCAACGGUCUCAAACACCCUCAGCAUGUGUCCUCCAUGUCGCACUCUGAUGUCGCGCAGCUGCUUCGAUCUGCUACUUCUGAAACCCAAGUGUUUGUGACUCUUGAAGAGAUCCCCAAGCUCAGUCUCAAGGUAAUCAACGCGGCCCUCAGCAACCCCGCAGUGCACAGAAUCGAGCCCAUUGGAGCGCUGGUCAAGAACUACGGCCCAGCUCGUCACAACGUUGUGGGAGUGGGCUACGACGUGUUGUCGUGGAAGUGGCUGCUGGACCACGGCAAACACGAACAGGCACAGAACCUCGUCGAAUCCAAGGUCUCGCUUUCGUGGAUUCCGUCGCUCAUGCAGCUGCCCCGGUACUACCCUGCCGUGGCCAACCUGUGGGCCAAGGCCGUCAUCACGUGUCUCACUCCCGACGAAAUUCACUCUAUAGUCGCCGACAAGCUCGCAUCGCCCAUGGCAACGUCACAUGAGCGAGGUGUUCAACUAGCUGUGACUCUAUGGAUCCAGGCCGUCAAGGACAAGAACCCCAUCUCUGAGCAGAUCAUCGACUCUUUUCUGUUCACUUCCGGAGGCGCCGACAAGCGAGCUCUGCCGCAAUCCACUCUCGCCAUGUUCUUCCAGAUGCAGCAAGACUUUGACAUUAAACACACCACUGCCGCAGUCAAGAUUUUCAUGGGCGAGGGCGCCAAGCGACAGUUCUGCCUGGAGUCGUUCUUUGAGUACGCUAUUGAAAUGCGAGAUCAACAUCCCGAGCGAGCAUCUGCGAUCAACACUAUUCUCCAGAGGCAGCUAGUGGAUCCUCACCCCGACCUAGUUCUUUCCAAGCUCUCCAGCAACAACAUUCUGCAAUCAUUUCGGAGCAAAGACUUGAAGAAGAACGGCAAGAAAGACCGAUUUACAUCUCGGAACCUCCUGAACCAUGUCUAG